AUGUCAGCCGACUCCGUCCCCAUAACCCCGGCCCGCUUCGCCGCCGCGCUCAAAGACCUGCCGCUCUCGUCCCUCCACCUCAAACUGCUCGAGCUGCGCAACAGCAUCGCCCAUCUGGACUACUCCAACGAGCAGCUGCGACCCUACGCCGAGGGGACCGCGACCGCCUUCUCCUCAGCAGAAGCAGCAGCAGCAGCAGCAGCAACAACAACUACUACAACAACGACAACAGAACCAAACCCGGACUGCGCCGAGGCGAUCCGCGAGAACGAGGAGGUGAUCGCGCGCAUGCAGGAGCGCAUCCGGCUGGUGCGGGCCGAGGUGGAGAGCCGCGGGCUGAGCUGGGCCGAGUUCCAGGGGGCGGGCGCGGGGGCGGUGCGGGACGACGGCGAUGCCGACGUGAGCGCCGAGGUGGCGGCCGAGGCGGCGGAGGAGGAGGAGGAGGAGGAGGAGGGAGAGGAGCCGGUGGGACAGCGGCACGCGGCGUGGACGGACGGGACGUUCCAGACGGGUGUGAUCCGGGACGGGGGGCUGCACUUCGAUGCUGUGGCUGGGUCGAGGCCCGGGCGGGGUCCCGGGGGGUCGCUUACGGAUGAGGAGCUGAGGCGGAGGAUGGAGGAGCAGCUGCGGGGUUUGGGAGGGGACGAGGAGGAGGGGGAGGAUGAUGCCGACGGCGGGUUGCACUUGUAG